AUGACACCGGAAGAACUACAGCAAACGCUUCAGCAACUAUCUGCUUCUGCGAAUGAUACCGCAAACGUUUUACGACAUUUGAAACCAAAUUCUCCAUUAAGCAGUGCAAUCAACUUGGAAUUAAAUACUUUAAGGACAUCUGGAAAAUCUGAGAUCAAUUGCCAAAUCUAUAAGUUACUUGCAUCAGCCUGUAGUAGUAAACAAACCGCGAACUAUUUACCGGCUGUUAUUCAAUUCGUACCUGGUAUUAUCUGGAAUUACCUUGUGUCGGUUGCUCUCCAGAGCACAGAACAAAGUUACAUAACACCAUGUCUGCUUAAGAUAUAUAAUGAUGCCGUUCUAGAUCACAAAGGAGAACCUUCGUGUAAGUUAUUUAAAAUGCCCUCUGUCAGUCAUCCAUCCAUUUAUAAUCAGUCUACCAUUGAUAAGGUAACUGCUCUUACUCAAUCAGCUCUUCGAAAGCACGAUAGGAAUCAUGCUGCGGUAGCCAGUGCUGGUCCUUAUAGCAUUUAUGAUCAGUUAAAUGCAUCUAAUAGGAUUGCAAACUGUGGAUUUGAAAAUGACUGCGAUCGCAAUCGCUAUAAUUUAAGCCGUAAAGAUGGUGAUAAUGGAGCAGCUUUGGAUAAACUGCCUAGAAUAUGUCUUAAUUCUGCAGUAAUUAAUAAUAUGGUGGCCGGAUUAUUGUACAUAAUGCAUAAUGGCCAUGAAGAAAUAGCAAAACGCGCACUAAAAUGUGUCCAUUAUCGUGCUUCAAUGGAUCUCAUGAUUGACACUUUAUUGGUAACCAAUGCUGCACUACAUGUAUUGAAUGAAUCAGUGUCACUUGAGCCGACUCAAAGUAGUGCGUUAAAUUACGUAGAUAUAUCGCACAAUCCUGAAACAGCUUUAAGGAAACUGACGCCAAUUAAAGAUAAAGCUAGUGAUGGAACUGGCAGCGCCACCAAAAAAAGUGGCAACCUUAGUACAUCUGCAGCAUUUAGUAAAUCGUUAGAUUUGUUAAAUGCUGACAAGACUUAUCCAAUAAAAGCAAAAUCUGUAGAGGAGUUACGUGUAACUCGACAAUCAUUCCCUGUCACUAAAGAAGAGAAGGUUACGCGGAGAGAUAAACAUGCGGCUGUAUCUGUUGAUAAUAUUAACUUAACUUUAUCCAAUACAAAGGGAAUGUUUCAGUUUCAACAAGAAAAAUCUAAAUCUGUUCCUGCGAUAAAGCGACGUCAAUAUUACAAUCUUAUCGAUUGUAAUUGUACUUGGUUUUCGUUGAAAGGCCCGGUGCUUCGCCUUUUUAAUUUUCGUAUUGAGCCUGAGGUGUUAAAAAGAUACUUAAUUUCUCCUUAA